AAAAAAUUUCAUAAAAAUGAAGGAAAUUCAGAAAAUUUAUUAUGAUUACCGCAAAUUUUAUUCAAUAUGCUAACUAUUUUACUCAUAUCUUUCUUCUCCCUAGCUUGGACUACGCCAGUCCCCUUUGACCCAAUGAUGAAUGAGGGGUUAUACGACGGAGACUUGGCAGGUGUUGAACUUGACGAAAAUCGAAAUGCUAUACCAAGAGACUCUCAGAAAUGGCCUGGUGGUGUAGUGCCGUACAUCAUUUCUCCUGAAUUGUCGUUUUUUACUUCAGAAAUUAAGAGGGCAAUGCAGUAUAUUCAGAUGUAUACCUGCGUUCGUUUUGUUGAGAGGACGAACCAACAGGAUUACGUAAAACUUUUCAAAGGCAAUGGAUGCUGGUCUCAUUGGGGAAGAACAGGGAGAGAACAAUCAUUGUCAUUGGGAGAUGGUUGCCAUUGGUUCGGUACGACAACACACGAACUCCUGCACGCUGUUGGCUUUGAACAUGAACACAACAGAUCAGACAGGGAUGAUUACUUGAACAUCCAUUGGGAAAACAUUGAAGAAAAAUGGUAUUACGCAUUCAAGAAACUCGCUCCUCAUGAGAAUAGGAUUCUUGGACCAUUUGACUUCGGUUCCAUCAUGAUGUAUGGCAGCAACGCAUUCGCCAAGAAACAGGGUCAAUACAGUUUUACAGACAAGAAGGGCGGAUACGUAAAUGAUAAAAGGGACACAAUGUCUUGGGGUGAUGUCAACAAGAUUAAAAAGCUGUAUAACUGCUAAAAAUAAUUAUUAAAUUGCAUAUAAUAUAAUAAACAGAUUUUAAUUUUA